AUGGCCCCGUUGGAGGACGGCUGCCAGGCCAGUCGUAAGUGGGCGCACGGCCAAGUCUCGACUCUCGUGACGAUCACGACAUUCCACCCAGGUGAAGCUCCUCGGUUCGCCGUUGUGUGGAGCGGAUCGGGUCCUGGGGAAAGGGAGCUCCAUCUGGCCACCAACGGCUGCGGAGAAUGGGACUCCGUCCGGAUUCUGGGGUUAUCUUGUUUUCGCUUCUUUCUCGCUUUCGAGUGGUCCCGCCGGCGCAGAUGCGCAUCCCGUACCCUCCAAGUCCAAUCCCGGCUCCGCGAGACGGACGUUGCCCAGACUGCCAAGCGUGGAGCUUCGAAGUUCAAAUGGCUCAGCGAGGGAACGGGAUGCUCGACUUCCUCGCCUUCUUCGCCGCUCCACGGUUGGAGGCGGGUUACGGAGGAGGAGUGGCUCGAUCCAUUCACUCCCCGCCUGCACCAACCCCAUUCUAAUUCCGUUCACGAAUGUGCCUGGGCGAUGGUUGGCCAAUUAUCCACGAGAACCUCUGCUACAGAAUGCAGUGACUUAAGGGAUCUUCCCCAUGUAACCCAAGACCCGGCCGCUCAUGAAAGCGGGCGCUGA